AUGCCGGCACAACUCAACGGGUCCGUCACGGGCGCCCUUCCCAUCCAUAUCGCGACCGACCAGACAAACGGCUUCCACAAGCAACAUAAGCACUCUCGGUCCUCCUACUCGGAGUCUUCUCCUCUUGCCAACUCGAGGAACAAUUCUCUGACCUUCCGCCCGCCCAAGAGGUUCAUGUCUACCCCAAAGACCAUUGCCGUUAUAAACGCUAGCGGCCGCCAAGCUGCGUCGCUGAUCCGCGUAGCAACUGCCGUUGGCUACCAUGUUCGUGCACAGCUGAGGAAUCUCGAGGGAGUCGUCGCUACCGAAGUGUCCACCAAUCCCAACGUCACCGUCAUUGUUGGCGAGCUCUAUACAAGACACCAGCCGACCAAGGAGAACAAGGAUGUAACCCAGAAUGGCCCCAUGCCCGGUGUCGGCGUCAACCACGACCUAAUCGACACUCUGUUCCGCGGCGCACAGCUUGCCUUUAUCAACACCACCUUUUACGGAGAUGAACUGCAGAUCGGCAAGGCUCUGGCCGAUGCAGCCAAGAAGGCCAACAUCCAGCACUACAUCUACUCCUCCAUGCCCGACCACGCAGCAUACCACAGCGGGUGGCCGUCGCUGCCUCUAUGGGCCGCCAAGCACAAGGUUGAACAGUAUGUGAGGCAACUGGGCCUGCCCGCCACCUUUGUCUACACCGGAAUCUACAACAACAACUUCACCUCGCUGCUUUACCCCUUGUUCUGCAUGGAGCUGCAGCCGGAUGGCUCUUUCACCUGGCAGGCUCCAUUCCACGAAGACGCCAAGCUUCCCUGGCUAGACGCCGAACAUGAUGUUGGGCCUGCUAUUAUACAACUUUUCAAGGACGGCAUAUCCAAGUGGCAAGGGGAGCGCAUCGCUUUGGCGUACGAAUACCUGACUCCGGUGGAGGCUUGCAAGGUCUUUGCUCGCGGAGUCGGCCGUCCUGUCCGCUAUAUACGAGGACCCAUCGAGAUCAAAGUCCGCAUACCCACAGGCUAUCGACAACAGCUGGAAGCGCUGGAGAAGCUUUUUGAUCCCAACGAAAAGGACCCCGCAAAGCAACCGCCCUACUUUGGUGACCCAAAACUGGAAGCCAGCUGCCCACGGGAAGCGCUGGAGCUGUGGGAGGGCCCUCGAGGACUGGAAGAGUACGCAAGAGAGAUGUUCCCACUAGAAGAAGAAGCCAACGGCUUAACGUGGAUGUUUGAGGAGGAGGAUGACGGCCAUGAGGCUCGAAUGCAAGCCACAACGACUUCUGUGGAGAAUAUGAGAAUCCAGGAUGAUGUAGAGGAAGAAUCCUCCGACGAUGAUGACGAAGACGGACUUGUCAUGCGUGGUCUUAAGCGAGCUGAAGAAAGCUGGCUCGCCUAAGGAGGCUGGUUUUUAAGCAGGUUGCGUCGUCAUUGGAUGGGCGACUAUUGUAUUUUGCAAGCCUUGGCGUUUAUAUCGACAUGGAAUUGGAGCUACGGAAUGAGUCGAAUGGUGUAUCUGGAGCACUGUUUCAUUACUUUUCUUAUUUGGUUACCAUUUUUUUCUCCGAGGUCUCUUUGUUUCUUUCUUCUUCUUUUGCCCCCCCAAAACGGCGUAGGUCUCUGUCUACUGCUUGAAAAUGGGCCACUUUUACGAUUGACACCGAUCUUUUCACACACAACUCAUACGAGAAAAAAAGCGCUUGGACUAUGGAUGAUGGGGAGUUUUUACAUGGGUGACUAUUUUCUUCCUCUUAGCACAACUGCACAUUGGCGUGGCGUUGGUGGCAGGGCGGAGACCAAAAAAUAUAAAACAAAUGUGACGAGGGCGCGCGUCUUGGACUUGGUGGAUAAAGGGGGCUAUCUAUUGUUGGGAGCGUACUAUUUCUCUCCUCUUCACAGUAGUAUAUAGUUAUAUGAACUCGCUAUAAGC